AGGACAAGAGAAAUUUGGAAAUAUGACAAAGGUAGGUUAUAGUUAAGCAACAGUUGGUCAUAGAUUGUUAAUUGCUAAUUAGUCUAAUAGUGAGUAAUAAUGCCGCACGAUUCUACUUAUCAAAGGAAGAUUCUUCAAGGGUAAUAAUAUCUAUCUAAAAUUAAUCGCAUCAUAGAAUAUUUUUUAUUUACUAGGUCUAUUACAAAGAGGCAGUUGCCGCAUUCGUCGUGUUUGACGUCACUCGCGCUACAACAUACGAAGCUGUCGAGAUAUGGAAAAGUGAUUUGGACAGCAAAGUCUUUCUACCAAAUGGCUCGCCAAUUCCUGCCGUGCUUCUAGCAAACAAAGUAAGUUGAUCGUUCAGGGUAACGUAUAUACCAGUCUAUCGGUCAGGAGUGGAUCUAGCCUCAUCUACAAAGAGGGGUGUAGGUUUCCAUGGU